GCCGUCGACGAUCCUCAGUCGUCGUUCCGCACGGUACGACAUGCCUCUUUCAGCCUCACCUAGGACGAGGCUCACCGUUCGGUGGUUGUUGUCGUGGCUCGCGAUCGCGCUCAUCGCUUUGGGCUCACCGUCCAGCGCCGACCUGUUCAGCAACUCGUUCCUGGUCAGGUUCAAGAGGGACUUGGAGCCGUCCGAGGCUCAUCUGGUGGCCGAGAGACAUGGGUUCGUUAAUAUGGGGCCGGUUUUGCGCUCCAAGAGUGAAUACCACUUUGUCAACAGGGCUCUGCCUCCAGCCAGAUCAAAGAGGAGCAUCACGCACACGCGCAAAUUGAAAUCGGAUCCUUUGAUCCACACAGCUAUCCAGCAACCCGGAUUUAUCCGGGUGAAACGGGGUUACAAGCCUCUAAAGGUGGAGAACCUGGUGAAGAACAUCCAGCCCCACCAGGACCCCUCCGACCCGUACUUCCCCUACCAGUGGUACCUGAAGAACACGGGCCAAAAUGGAGGCAAGGCCAAGUUGGACCUGAAUGUGGAAGCCGCAUGGGCCCAAGGAAUCACUGGGAAGAAUAUCACCACAGCCAUAAUGGAUGAUGGAGUGGACUACAUGCAUCCUGACCUAAAAUACAACUACAACGCCGAAGCCAGCUUCGAUUUUAGCAGUAACGAUCCGUUUCCGUACCCAAGGUAUACGGACGAUUGGUUUAACAGUCAUGGUACCAGGUGUGCCGGAGAAGUGGCAGCUGCAAGAGAUAAUGGGAUUUGUGGAGUGGGAGUGGCUUACGAUUCGAAAAUUGCAGGAAUAAGAAUGCUUGAUCAGCCGUACAUGACGGACCUUAUUGAGGCUAACUCUAUGGGACACGAACCCAACUUGAUCGACAUUUACAGUGCUUCUUGGGGUCCCACCGAUGAUGGAAAAACUGUUGACGGUCCUAGAAACGCCACUAUGAGGGCAAUAGUGAAGGGAGUUAACGAAGGUAGAAACGGGUUAGGCAACAUCUACGUCUGGGCUAGCGGAGACGGUGGUGAAGAUGACGACUGUAACUGUGACGGGUACGCAGCUAGUAUGUGGACUGUGAGCAUCAACAGCGCUAUCAACGAUGGCCAGAAUGCGCACUACGAUGAGAGCUGUUCCAGUACACUGGCUAGUACGUUCAGUAAUGGUGCCAAAGAUCCAAACACCGGUGUGGCUACGACAGAUUUGUAUGGAAAAUGUACCACGACGCAUUCGGGAACAAGCGCAGCCGCACCAGAAGCCGCAGGAGUAUUUGCACUAGCUUUAGAAGCCAAUAAUAAAUUAACGUGGAGGGAUAUUCAGCAUCUCACGGUACUAACGUCAAAAAGGAACUCCCUUUUCGAUGCCAAAGGUCGUUUCCAUUGGACCAUGAACGGAGUUGGUCUGGAAUUCAACCAUCUGUUCGGCUUUGGUGUACUUGACGCCGGCGCCAUGGUAGCGCUGGCCAAGCAGUGGAAAACGGUACCGCCAAGGUACCACUGCGAAGCAGGGUCCGUCUCGGAAUUGAGGCAAAUUCCAUCCAAAGAUUCGGUGAUGUUAUCAAUAACAACAAACGCAUGCAAAGGCGACAGUACGGAAGUGCGGUACUUGGAACACGUGCAAGCUGUGAUAACCUUGAACUCCACCAGACGUGGAGAUGUCGAACUGUUCUUGACAUCGCCUAUGGGCACAAGAUCGAUGAUUUUGAGUAGAAGACAAAACGACGACGACUCCAGAGAUGGUUUUUCCAAAUGGCCUUUUAUGACCACCCACACGUGGGGAGAGUACCCUCAGGGUACCUGGACACUAGAGGUAAAAUUCAAUUCCGAAACACCCCAAAGCGGAUUCUUCAAAGAAUGGUCCUUGAUGCUCCACGGUACCAAAGAUCCACCCUACACGGAACUCCCUGUGUUAGAUCCCCACUCCAAACUAGCCAUCGUAAAGAAAGCGCACGAAGUUCGCAGCAAAAUGUAAAAAUAAGAGAGUAGGUCCUGCGAACAAAAGAACCAUGGAACGAUACCAAAAAAUACCCUUCCUAUUUUUCAGUAAACUAUACAUUCAAAACUUUCAUAUUAGAUUCAUUUUCGCGAAUAUACCUAAAUUGAUCUGUUAUUUAUCAUUUAAAGGGUGUCAAAAACCGAAAUUAACUGCAGUAGUUCAAAUGAACGGUGAGGAAAUGCCAAACGCUUGAAUUUUUGACGUUUGCCAUUGACUAACUUCAGACGAGUCUCUUUGAAUAUAUUUGACAGUUACAAAAAAGAUUAUCAGCAUUUUUAUUUUUCUCUUUGUAUUGUUUAUUUUAUUGUAGACACCCUGUAUAGCAUAUGUGAUGUAAAGGACCUUGAAUUGCACAAUUGAUACUAAAACACGAUGAUGUUAGUACGGGAACAGAUGUUAAGGGUCAAAACGUAGUUUUUAUCAGAAAAAAAACAACUUAGCUGUUAGAUUAUUAAUAUAUCAAACGUUUUUAUCUGAAAUUUAUUUUACUCAAAUCUCGCUUCCAUCAUAUACCACUAUGGUACGUAUACAUUUACCUUUUUUUUAAAUAAAAAGUACUUUUACUAUUAAUUGUGCUGUACCUGAGAUUAUUGCUAAUUUUGUUAGAGAUUACUUUAAAAAUCUAGAAGAUAUAUUUUCUUAGAAAUUAGAGGCAAGCUGUGUACUCUUGUCAAUAUGUAUUAGAAAUCAUAUAGAGUUAGUAAAACUAAAGUAACAGUAUAUCAAAAGUUUUAAAAAUAUUGUGUAACUUACAAAAUAUCACAAAAUACUUUGAACAUCACGUCGUCUCCUGACCUAGUUUAUCAAAAUACUUGCUAAUUUCCUUGCAAAGGGCCUAAGAAAGGGUGCUGCAAAUAAUUGAUAAGAUUUAAAUUUAAAAAAAUAGUCUGGAGAGGUCCUUUAUAGUUCAAGAAAAUAAGCCUUAAAGACGAAGUUUCAACUUCGUAUUUCAAUACAUAUUUUUUUUGGACUAUUAGCAGUAUUAGCAAGAUAUUUUUUGUUGACUAGAAAGAAAAAAUAACGUUUAAAAUUAAUAGUAAGGAAAAAAAACAUAUGUUGCUUGUUAACAGAUACUAAAUAUACCUACAUAUAUCUUACAUAUUAAAACAUACAAAAAAUGACCACUUUUUUAUAGUAUUAAGUACAAUAAGGUUAUUAGGUUGGUUUUAUAAUAAUUUGCCUGAACUAUAUAGCUAAAUAUUAUUGUAAAUAAAUGAAGAAAUAUUCCCAUUCCACUGUACAUUAAAAUAAAGAAGUAUAUACA